AUGGCCCUAAGGAUGCUCUGGGCUGGACAGGCCAAGGGGAUCCUAGGAGGCUGGGGGAUCAUCUGCUUGGUGAUGUCUCUACUCCUCCAGCACCCAGGAGUCUACAGCAAGUGCUACUUCCAAGCUCAAGCCCCCUGUCACUAUGAGGGGAAAUAUUUCACCCUGGGCGAGUCUUGGCUCCGCAAGGACUGUUUCCAUUGCACCUGUCUGCAUCCUGUUGGCGUGGGCUGCUGUGACACGUCCCAGCAUCCCAUCGACUUCCCGGCUGGGUGUGAGGUACGUCAGGAGGCAGGAACCUGCCAGUUCUCCUUGGUGCAAAAAUCUGACCCUCGGCUGCCCUGCAAAGGGGGAGGGCCUGACCCAGAAUGGGGCUCAGCCAACACCCCUGUUCCUGGGGCUCCUGCUCCCCACUCCAGCUAG